AUGUUUUGCAUUUUAAAAGAAAUACGUUGUCCUAAUUGUACAAAAAUUAAUCAUAUCAUAUCCAAUCGAUUCGUAUCUUCUACAACAACAAAUACACCUUCAAAUGCUACACCAUCACAAACAAUAGCUACAGUCGAUACCAAUGUCUCACGUUUACCGGCCGAUGUUUAUCGUGUUUUCAAAGGUUUACCGCCAUUAGAACUGCUUGAGCGAAAUUUUACACGUGAAAAACUUCGUUCAGUCUAUGGACGUUAUGGAAAGAAAAGUGGUAUUGAUGUCAAAUUAUCUUGGCCAACUCAAGAAGAAAUGGAUGAAAUAAUUCAAGAUGAAAAAUUAUAUAAUAUGGAAUUGAAAGAAAAAAUUCGGAUCGUUAAAGAACGAAAAGAAGCAAAACAAAAAGAAAUUGAUCAAAUUCAAGCUAAAGUUGAAAAGAAUUUAAAAAAUAUGCCGAAAAUGAUAGCGGAUUAUCAAACACGAGCUGCUCAGAAAGAAUUAGCAAUGAAAGCUGAAAGCAAAGUCAAAAGUGAUUUAGCACGAGAUUACUAUGGAUUUGCUGUUGAUCCAAAUGAUGAGAGAAUGCAAAUGAUGUUAUUACAAAUUGAAGAAAAACAAAAACUUGAAGAGAAAAAACAACGUAAAGUAUUGAAAACGCAACAAGCAGCACAAAAAUUACAAGAACUAAUGGGUGUCAGUGGUGAACCGAAAGAAAUAUCAUCUGCAGCUGAGGGUGAAACGCCUACAUCGGCAAUAGAUACAAAAGAACAAGAAACAGACAUGAAAUUAUUUGCACAAUUAUUGCAACAAAAAUCAAAAUUAGCUAAAGCGGCAUCAAAAAUGGCCGAUGAACAAGUAGCGACCGCCACAGGAGCAAAAGGAAAAAAGAAAUAG